AUGAAAAAACUCGCAGUUCUUGGUUCUGCAAAUGGCGAUCUUUAUGUGGAAGUCAACAAACUUCCAUUAAUUGGGGAAACCAUUCAAGCUCAUGCAGGAGGCGAAUUGAGAGCUGGUGGAAAAGGUGCAAAUCAAGCAGCUGCUGCAUCGCUAUUAGGUGGAUCUACAUUCUUUUUAGGCCAGGUUGGAAAUGAUGCAGCUGGAGGUAUGCUGAAAUCUGAACUCUCUUCUAGAGGGGUCAAUAUUGAAAACAUUAAUACUUUAAGUGAUACUCCAAGUGGGCAAGCUAUUAUUAUUCUCUUAACAACUGGAGAUAAUUCAAUUAUCAUCAUUGGAGGUGCUAAUAUGAGAUGGAGCUCCCUUUCCGAGUCAAUAAGAAAUACGAUUAUUAACUGCGAUGCUUUAUUGUUGCAAAGAGAAAUUCCUGACGAAAUAAAUAUCCAAGCUGCAAGACUUGCCAAAGAAAACGGAAAAAUUGUUAUCAUGGACACUGGUGGAAAAGAAGGAGAACUGCCUAACGAAUUAUUAGAAAAUGUUGAUAUUUUGUCACCAAAUACGACAGAACUAGAAAGGUUGACUGGGAUUCAAAAUGAUAUUGUGCAAGCAUCAGAAAAAUUAUUUAAAAUUGGCGUUAAACAUUUAGUGGUUAAAUUGGGGAGUGAAGGAUCAUUAUAUUUAGGUAGUAAUGGGAGAUAUGAGCAAAGAGCCCUAACCUAUUAUCUAUAUUUGUGGAUAUUUUCAGAAAUUAACUUAUAUUAUUUACAAAAUAAAAAAAUAAUUAAUUUGUAUAAAAAUUAUAAUAAAAAAAAUUUAUUUAAAUAAGAGAUUAAGCGACCAAGAAUUGAGUAUAGUCGAUACAACUGGUGCUGGAGACUGCUUUACAGCCGCCCUCGCAGUCAAACUCUUAGAAAGAGGCAGCCUUCACCUCGAAGACUUUGCAGAAGCCAUGAAAUUUGCUUCAGCAGCUGCAUUUUUAUCAAUUACCAAAAAAGGAGCACUCGAGUCCAUGCCUAAUCGUGAUGCAGUUGAAGCCUUUUUAACUAAAUUCCAAUAG